AAAAAGACACUGGAAUAGGAGAGUUUACCCAUUUCCUCCUCAGUAACCCAUUUCUACCUAGUAGUACACCCACUUUAUCAACGACCACUAGGCUACACCAUGGAGUAGCUCAUGUUCAGUAAUACUGAUUUAAGUUUCCUAGGCUAAUUAAAGAAAUAACAUAAUGGAGUUAUUCAUUUAGGUGGUGUUCCGCUUUAAACAGAACAGUCCUCACAGUGAUACGCAGUUUGAAAUCCUCUCUGCUGCUCUCAGUGGCUCAGCUCAGCUCAGAGGAGGGACACACUUCACUUUCAAUUUCGACCUAAUUCAGGAAAACAUGGAGUCCGUCUGAUGAAGGAACAAACGCGUCGAAAACACUUUAUAGAUCCGUGAAGAAGGUUUCAGAACUUUAUAAUAAAGCGUGACCGCUCGACUGAACGAUCCGGUGUCCUCCGGUGUCUCCUUCACGUCCCUUUACGCACAGACGGAGACGGAGACGGUCGGUGCUGUUGUCGGUACUGGAGCUGCAGCAGCAUGUUGGAAGAAACCGGGCCUGAGUGGUUGUCUGAGGAGGUGAAAACUGGAACGACCAUCAUUGCCAUAGAGUUUAAUGGAGGGGUCGUGCUGGGGUCUGAUUCCCGGGUGUCUGCAGGGGCAUCAGUGGUGAACAGGGUGAUGAACAAGCUGUCUCCCCUCCAUGACAAGAUCUACUGUGCUCUGUCCGGCUCUGCAGCAGACGCUCAGACCAUCGCUGAGAUGGUCAACUACCAGCUCGAUGUCCACAGCAUUGAGAUAGACGAGGACCCCCAGGUUCGCUCAGCUGCCACUCUGGUGAGAAACAUCUCCUACAAAUACAAGGAGGAGCUGUCAGCGCAUCUCAUCGUGGCUGGCUGGGACAGGAAGGACAAAGGACAGGUGUUUGCAACCCUGAACGGUCUCCUGACGAGGCAGCCUUUUGCAGUCGGCGGCUCUGGCAGUUCAUAUGUGUACGGGUUCGUCGAUGCAGAGUAUCGUAGGGAUAUGAACAAGGAGGAGUGCCAGCAGUUUGUUGUCAACACUCUCUCUCUGGCGAUGAGCCGCGAUGGCUCCAGUGGUGGCGUGGCCUAUAUCGUCUCCAUUGAUGAACACGGCACGGAGGAGAAAGUCAUUCUAGGAAAUGACUUACCCACCUUCUUUGAUCAGUGAUACAUCAUUUUUUUUAUCUCUAGUUGCAAAGCCACUGUUGUGCACGAUGCAGUUAAGUAUUUGUUUUGCUCACAAUAGUCAUUCUAUACACAUCGGAUCAGCUGUCAACUAAUUCAGCUUGUAAAAUAAAAACAUAUUGGACAAUAAUUUUUCUUUUACUAAUUAUUUGAAUUAAAAAAAAACCUUUGCAUUGCUGUAUGAUUACCAAAACUAUUUCAAGAGUAAUAUCAGGUAGCAUGUUGUGUUUGUGUAAUUUAAAAGCUGCUCACAGCCUCACAUCGUCAAGAUACAGCUGAUCAGGUUGAUGAUGAUGAUUAAGAGACGUUGAAAUAUAACAAAGAGGGAGCUUACAUUAGGUGACCAGAUCAAUAAAGUUGUUGAUUUAUCUGCAAA